UCGGGCCGGCCGCCGGCCGCCUUUGCUCCGCAGUUGUCUCCUCCCGGGCACACCUGGACGGCCGCCCGGAAGCCGUCUUGGAGUUCUGAAGCUCCUGCCCCUCCACACUCAAAACCCGUGGAGGUCGGUCUUACCCCUGCAAGGGGCGUUCGCCCUUAAAGAACCCCCCUUUCAGAAGCGGGGCGCGGGCGGGGAGGGAGCCUAGGUGUGCUGACUGCUUCUCCGCAGGUGGGUGGCCUGUUGCCAGUUCGAGUCCGUCGUGCGCUGGGAACCAUCUACCUGGCCGCUCUCCCUCCCCGUCCAGCCGCCGACCAUGCCCGCGGGCGUGCCCUGGCCCACCUACCUGAAAACGGUCGCCGCCAGCCUCCUGGCCAUGUGCGCCGGGGCCCAAGUGGUGCACAGGUACUACCAGCCCGACCUGACAAUACCUGAAAUUCCACCAAAGCCUGGAGAACUCAAAACGGAGCUUUUGGGACUGAAAGAAAGACAACAUGAACCUCAAAUUUCCCAGCAGUAGAAAACUCAAAAUACUGCUCUGGCAAGAACUUUGAAUAGUAUUAUAAGUCUUUAAUAUAUAAGUAUUUUAAAAUAGAGUUAAACUGCUUGUCCGUAAGCACCAUUGCAAGAGCAGGUGCUUGGUAGAUGUUAAUGGAGCUCUAAUUAAGGUUUGACCAGCGUUUCUUGAAAACUGCCACAGCUCAUGUUUUCAACUUCUUGAAUGUGGUUUGUAGAUACUUAAUCUUGACUAACUUAUGAGAUAAGAGUAUUUGAGAUACUGCCCUUAUAAUUCUGUUUUUCUCUCUGAAUAAGCUUGAAUAUACGGCAAAUGGAAAGUAUUAGUGAUAAGUGAUAUUGACAAGGAAUACUUAUCGUAUGAAGCUAAUAUUUCUCUAAAUAUUGGAAAGUAUUUGGACUAAGCAGAAUAAAAUUGAAAUAUUUAAAGCUUGAAAUUCUUUUGGAAUUGGGUAUAUUACAAAAUAAUAAGUUGUGACUUGGACUGCCCCAGCUCUUUAUAUACUCUCCAGUUUGAAAAACCACGCUGGCAUUUAAUUUUGCUAACUGAAAAACUGUUUGCUGAUAGUAACUGUGUCCCUGAGCCUUCUGAGGUUUACCUCUGGAUCAAAUUCCAUAGCAGCCGCUUACUUGUUUUUUUUUUUUCUUGAUAAAAAUUGUUGCCACAGCUGCCAGUUGCAAAGACUGCUUAUCAGACUGAAAGCACUUUGAUUUUUUUCUUAAUUAAAGCAAUUAAAAAAUGGUUUCCCAAACACUAACUUAGUUAUUCUAAUUUAGGUACCUUCCUUCCUCAAACAAUUCCCAAGAGUUUCAAGGAAGGAUACUUGAUGUAGUAUAAAUCAACAAUAAACUUUUUAACUUUGAUCUAGUUUCAUUUGAAUUUGGUAGGUAGAAUUUUUCUUAAUGUUAAACUAAUGUUUUCAAAUUCUAGUUUUCCUUGACCUUUAGUAUAUGAACACCAAAUUGGUGAGCUUUGACCAUGCAUUUUCUAGAGACCAGUGGCCCCUCAUCGCUUUCCAGAAUGAAGGGCUGGGGACAUGGCUACCCCUUGGCAUGGAGAAACGCCUGUCUCUUGGGCCAGUUUGUGCAAGGGGGAGGCCACCAUGCCAAGGGUGAACACAGUGGACCAUGUCAUAAGCACCUCAUGCCUUCCUUUUACUGCUACAGUAAUUGGCUAUGAGGAAAAGUCAUGAUUUGAACCCUACUCUCACACAAGAUAAUGGCUUCAUGAAGGUGAAAAAGUAUUGUAGCUGAUAAAAUUUUACCUAAAGUAAAAAUCCCAUCAUUUUACUAAGUGCUAGUUCUGAGUGACUCACCGAGAUACAUAUUUUUCCUUUUUUGAAGUUGACCACUGUUGUGGAAAACACAUUAUGUCUGACAUGGCUAUAUGUCGUCCAGAUUCCCCGAAGUCCUCUGUACCAGUGCUGAGUGCUGUCAGUGAGCAGCCUUCAGAGAGUUGUUAGCUCCCGCAGGGACUGCCUGGGGGAAGAGGAGCCUUGUGUAAGUCACACCCAAAGGGGCCCGUGGCCAGUGACCAAUAUCUGAGGAGAAAGGUGAGCCAUUUCAGCACAACACAGGAGUGGACAUUCCUGAGGGGGUCCAUUUUAGCUCAAGUCCCCAUGGGGUUGAUGAGGCUGCAUUGGGGUUGACUUUGGACCUGCAUUGCCGCUCAGCUCCUGUGUAGCUCAGUCCCCAUUGACUUUCCUU